CGAACAAAACUACAAUUAAGGAUCCACAACAUUAAACCUUGUAAACCUUUUACAUACAAUCUAUUGUUUUCAAACUUCAGAUAUAUUGUAGGCGAUGUUGUGGUCAGUAGAUGGCAGUAAUGAUUUAAAAGGCCUAUUUUAAACUAGAGGGAAAGUAAAGUAAAGAAGAAGAGACGGGCCCAAAAUAAUAAUCUCAGCAGCAGCAGCACGAGCAGGACUGAGGACUAACGCUAGUCGUUAGCUUGUCGGGCAAACGUAGUUAGCGUGAGCUGAUAUUUGUUCUAUGCCUGACUAGCGUCGGUGCAGGUGUCACAGGAAAAUCAUAUGCUGUGAAAGAGAGGGAAGGUCGCAUUUAACAGUCCCUGACAGAGACCGACCCCGCUUUCAACAAUAUGGAGAAACAGUUGCAUUUGAACCUGUUAGCUUCCAGACCUCCCAUGGCAGGUGGUUUCCAAUCCAGCUCCAAGAUGAAAAUGGGACCUGGACGGAAGAGAGAUUUCUCCCCCCUGCCCUGGAGUCAGUACUUUGAAACCAUGGAAGAUGUUGAGGUGGAAAAUGAGAAUGGCAAAGACAUAUUCAGAAUUUACUGCAGUGGUUCACAUGGUCCUGUGCUGCUCCUGCUCCAUGGAGGAGGCCACUCUGCACUUUCCUGGGCAGUGUUCACUGCUGUCAUAUGCAGCAGGAUCGACUGCAGGGUGGUGGCUAUGGACCUUCGAGCUCAUGGUGACACCAAAGUGAAAAAUCCUGAGGAUCUCUCUGCAGAUACAAUGGCCAAGGACAUUGGCAAAAUGGUGGAGGUGCUCUAUGGAGAGAACCCUCCUCCGAUCAUGAUUAUUGGACAUAGCAUGGGUGGGGCCAUCGCAGUUCACACAGCCACUGCCAAUCAUAUACCAUCCCUGCUCGGCCUCUGUGUUAUUGACGUUGUAGAAGGUACAGCAAUGGAUGCUUUGAACAGUAUGCAGAAUUUCCUCAGAAGUCGACCAAAGACGUUUAAAUCUCUGGAGAAUGCCAUUGAAUGGAGUGUGAAGAGUGGCCAGAUCCGAAACAUAGAGUCAGCACGGGUCUCAAUGGGAGGCCAAGUGAAAAAAUGUGAGGAAUCCACCAGCAGCCCAGGUGUCUCUAAUAGCAUUGGUGAAGGUAUAAUAGAAGAGGAAGAGGAUGAAGAAGUGGAAGAAGAAUCCAACAAGAAAAGAAUGAAGGAAGAUGAUCAAGAGAUGACAAAGGAAAGUAUCUUCACCUGGCGAGUGCAGCUGUCAAAGACAGAAAAGUACUGGGAUGGCUGGUUCAGAGGCCUGUCUGCUCUCUUUCUCACCUGCCCUGUGCCAAAACUGCUUCUGCUUGCAGGAGUCGACAGGCUUGACAAAGAUCUUACUAUUGGACAGAUGCAAGGGAAAUUUCAGAUGCAAGUCCUCCCCCAGUGUGGUCAUGCUGUCCAUGAGGAUGCACCUGAAAAAGUAGCAGAUGCUCUAGCAACAUUUAUGGUCCGGCACAAAUUCACUGAGUUUAAGGAAGGAUAUCUGUGCUAAUCUCCAGUUUUCAGUUUGAAUAUAGCCAGCAGCCAUGAAAGAAAUGUUUCAAGAGUCAUCAACAUCAUCGUACAAUUAAACAGAAAAUUAAUGAAAAUAUAACAACCAUUAUUAUUAUUAUUAUUAUUAUUAUUAUUAUUAUUAUUAUUAUUGCUUUGGUUAUGUAGAUACUUUGCCUUUCAGCUUUGCCUUAUUUUUAUUUUCAAACACUGGGAUUUGAUUGUAUUUUUCCUUUACAAUAUUAUAUUUUUUUUAUUAUUUCUGGAACUGUAAUGCUCUCCUUGUUUUAAUGUUAUAAUUUGAGUGAAUGCAUCAUUGUUAAUAUGUGUUUGAAUUCAAACAAUUAAAGAUGGAUACAGCAUACAAA